ACCUUUGGCGGCAAGAUGGCGGCGACGGGUGGUCGGAGCGCCGCUCCGCUCCAGCCGCGUCGGCACUCGCCCAGACGGCCGCCGCGAGACGGCUAUGGCGUAUAUGUAUACCCAAAUUCUUUCUUCCGUUAUGAAGGAGAAUGGAAGGGAGGAAAGAAACAUGGUCAUGGGAAGCUAUUGUUUAAAGAUGGAAGUUAUUAUGAAGGUGAAUUUGUGGAUGGAGAAAUCACUGGAGAAGGCUACCAACACUGGGCCUGGUCAGGGAACAACUACUCCGGACAGUUCGUUUUAGGAGAGCCUCAAGGGCAUGGCAUCAUGAAGUACAAAGUCGGAGGUUACUAUGAAGGGGAGCUCUUCCACGGCCUGAGGGAAGGACAGGGGUUUCUGGAGGACCAGGAUGGGCAGGUGUACCAGGGUUCCUUCCAUGACAACAAGAGACACGGCCGUGGGCAGAUGAUCUUUAAGAACGGUGACAAGUACGAAGGCGACUGGGUUCGAGACCAGCGUCAGGGACAUGGGGUGCUGCACUGUGCUGACGGCUCCACAUAUGAGGGACAGUGGCACAGCGAUGUCUUCAGCGGGCUGGGCAGCUUGGCGCACUGCUCAGGAGUCACUUACUGUGGGAUGUUUAUCAAUGGCCACCCUGCAGCACAGGCUAAGAAGAUUGUGGUUCUGGGCCCAGAGGUACUGGAAGUGUUCCAAGGCUCUCCCUUCACACUGAACGUACAGCUGCAGCAAGACUCUGGGGAACUUGCCACAAGUGAGAGUGGCCGGACCCUGAAAAUCUCAGCAGGCGUCAGAUAUGUGCAACUCCCAGCGUACUCUGAGGUCAGCUUUUUCAAGAUGGAUGAAGACCACACGGAGACGCCCAUCCAGACACCGUUUGGGUUCCAGUGUAUUUCCUACCCUCUGUCCCUCCCCACAUCCUGGGGACUGGAGCCUGGUUCUGCCUUGGAAAGUGCCAAGAGAGACUCGGAGCUGGCGCAGGACUCGGGAGCUUGCCGUGGCCAGGGAGACACCCCCAGCACCCUGCCAGCAGGAGGGAGAUAUGAAUCCAGCUCUCCUGCAGCCUGUCAGCGAGUGCAGCAAGGCUGUGCUGAGUUUGCGGACAUCCUCCUCGGACCUCCUCCGCCUGGAAUGCAGCCCUUUCUGUUCCUGCCCAGCAUGCUUGAGAAGACCGACAGUAAGCCCAAAGGUGGCCAGAGUCUCCAAGAUGUGGUGCCCACUGUCCAGGAUCCUCUGAAAGGCACCAGGCCUGAUGGGACCACAGUAGAGCCAUCGACCGCUGCAUAUGUAGGGGAGUAUGUGGUCAUGAUCUGUGAUGCGACCACUCCUCCGUUCCUGGGCCACAGGCUGCCCACCGCCUUCAAACACCUCCGAGUCUUGGCAAAGGGGGACAGCCAGUGGCCCCACGUCCCUGAAGAUCACCCGGAAGCUCUAAGCUAGAGGCCACUCCUGGUCCAUGGACAUAAAGGAGCCAGGGGCACCCUCAAAGGAAGGCCACCCUCCCCUGCGUACAGGUGCAUGCUGUCUCCCUCAGGGAGCACACCCUCUAUUCCUAAACGGCCUGG